AUGAAGAGACUAAAACUAAUUUGUUCUGUUCAAGUAGCUUUAAUUCUAUCGUUGUUACUGGGCAUCGCCUGGGCACUAGAGGCUCCGGGUGAGGAUGAAAGCACUGACCAGCUGGAGUGGUGGAAGAAGGUCAUUGUCUACCAGAUCUAUCCAAGGUCGUACAAGGACACGGAUGGCGAUGGGGUUGGGGAUCUCAAGGGCAUCACCUCCAAGCUGGACUACCUAGCAGAUCUCGGUAUUGGCUGCAUCUGGAUCAGCCCUGUCUACCCGUCUCCCAUGAACGACUUCGGCUACGACUUGACCGACUACGAGGACAUUGAGCCGUUGUUUGGCACUCUCCAGGACUUCGAUGAGCUUGUGAAAGAGGUCCACAAGAAAGGUCUGAAAAUCAUCAUCGACUUCGUCCCCUCGUACACCAGCAGUGAGCACCGGUGGUUCCAGAACAGUGUUCGACGCCAAGGCAAAUAUACCGACUACUAUAUAUGGCAUGACGGGAUCAUUCUGGCAAACGGGACUCGAGCCCCACCAAGUAACUGGCUUGCCGUGUUCGGCUGGUCGGCCUGGGAGUGGCAUCCCGUCCGAGAGCAGUACUACUACCACAGCUUCUUCGUCAAGCAGCCCAACCUGAACCACCGGGACCCCAACGUGGAGUGGGAGAUGAAGAGCAUCAUUCGCUUCUGGCUGGAUCGUGGGGUGGAUGGAUUCAGGGUAGAUGCCAUCCAGCAACUCUUUGUGGCCGCCAACUACACUUUGGAUGAACCUCUUUCUGGCGGGCCAAGUCUUCCGUACGAAUACGACUACACGAAACACAUCUACAUUUCUGACCAACCGGAGACCGUGCAAGCGGUGACGGCCUAUCAUUCGGUGCUGGAUGAGUACACCAAGAAGGAUGGUAAAGCCAGGUACUUGUAUAUGGUAAUCGAAUCAUACGCCGAGCCAGAGAUCAGGAAGACCCUCUACGCCACUGGUGGGGUCCCUUUCAACUUCGGACUGAUACAGUUGGCACCGCCCCUGACGGGCAAUAAACUUGGCGAAGAGUGUCCAGGAAGAGUACCAGAGUCUACCAAAGGACGGCUGGCCCAACUUUGUGGUAGGUGGUGUGGUUUCUUUCUAGGGAAUCACGACCAGCGGCGGGUGAGCCAUAGGUUCGGAUCCAAGAACGUGGACGCAUUGAACCUGGUUCUGCUGACCCUCUGGGGAACACCCACCACCUAUGAAGGGGAGGAGCUCGGCCUGACGGAGCCGGACAUCUCUUACAACCAGACCCGGGAUCCGUGGGGCGUCAACUUUGGUCCGGAUCGCUACGAAGAAGUAUCUAGAGACCCCUCUAGAGCACCCAUGCAGUGGGACGACGGUUACCAAGCUGGGUUCACAACGGGCAACCAAACCUGGCUGCCUUUGGCCGCCGAUUAUAAAGUCCGUAACGCCAAGGUCAAACACG